AUGGCCUCGUCCAUGGAGAAAGAUGGGGCAUCCACUUCUAUAUCGCCAGGCGCACCACAGGAGGACCUCCGGGGGGGAACUACCCUGUCCAACGAAACAACGAAAGACAUAAGCGAUCUCUAUUCUACAACACCAACGUCGGGUCCACAUCUAGAUAUGGAAGAAAAGGAUGAAGAAGCACGCGGUCCUUCGUAUCCCACAGAAACGGAAAGUAAGCUACCAGCAGUGGUACCGCGACUGAAGCGUAGAGGUCUUUUUGGUCAGCUCACCCUGCUGGCUGAGAUUGAAAACCCCAAGGCAUAUCCCCGGAAUAAGAAAUGGUUCAUCACGUUCAUUGUUGCAGUGGCUGGGGCCACGGCACCUAUGGGCAGUUCAAUAUUCUUCCUGUCGUUCUGUCUCUUUGUCGUAUUCAAUAUUGUCUGUGCAGUUUCCAGUUCGAUCGCUAUGCUCAUUGUGAUGCGGAUGCUGAGCGGUGGAGCGUCUGCAUCGGUCCAGGCAGUGGGCGCAGGGACCAUAGCAGAUAUAUGGGACUCACAGGAACGUGGACGUGCCAUGAGUAUCUUCUAUCUUGGCCCACUGUGCGGUCCGUUGUUUGCUCCUAUCAUCGGAGGAGCUCUGGCUCAGCGGUGGGGGUGGAGGAGUACUCUGUGGUUUCUGGCUGUUUAUGGGGCAAUCACCGUGGUGUUCAUAUUCUUUGCCCUUCCUGAGACCCUGGUGGUAUCAAAGACCUCUCCCAGUACCGACAACAACCAGCAGGAACCCAUUGGGCGUCGGAUAAGUCGAGUCUCGUCACGACAGGUGGUCCAGAUCACUGCGAGAUGGCUGAAAGUUCUCAAGGUGGUGUUUAUUGACCCAUUGAAAAUUGUCCUCUACCUGCGAUAUCCGCCAGUAUUGCUGACGGUAUACUAUGCGAGCAUUACGUUCGGCUCCCUCUAUGUGUUGAACGUGAGCAUUGAGCAUACCUUCGCAAGUGGCCCCUACAACUUCGCUACGAUCAUCGUGGGUCUGCUUUACAUUCCAAAUUCUGUGGGAUAUAUAGUUGCCAGCUCAUUUGGUGGGCGAUGGAUGGAUGAUAUCAUGCAACGGGAGGCCCGAAAGGCGCAGAGAUAUGACGAGAACGGCAGGCUGAUUUAUCAUCCCGAAGACCGAAUGCGCGAGAAUGCCUGGCUUGGUGCUUUGCUCUACCCGGCGGCAUUGAUCUGGUAUGGAUGGACGGCUGAUCAGGGUGUGUUCUGGCUGGCACCGAUGUUUGCCAAUUUCUUUUUUGGCAUUGGGUCAAUGCUUAUUUUCAGCAUGGCGACGACGAUGCUGACCGAGUUCAUGCCCAAGAAGUCGUCCGCAGGUGUGGCCCUGAACAAUUUCAUGCGGAACAUCUUCUCAUGCGUAGGGUCUCUCGUCACAGCUCCAAUCAUCGAUGCAAUCGGAAACGGAUGGCUUUUUACCAUUCUCGGAGUAGCCGCUUUUGCUAGCAGCUCUGUCCUCUUCGUCAUGAAAGUCUUUGGGCCUCGUUGGAGAGCAUCAAUGGACGCCCUCAGGCAAUAA